AAAGCUGACGUGAGAACACAUGUCACUGACUAGGAAUGUUUUCGUCAUUUACGAAUAAGUAUAAGUAAACUCAAGUGUGAUAAACGCGUAAUUUGUGAAUGAAAGUGCAAGAAAGUGGUAAAUAUGUCUCUGAACAAAGUGGUUCUACUCGCGUGUGGUUCCUUCAAUCCACCUACAAACAUGCAUCUACGAAUGUUUGAACUAGCAAAAGAUCAUCUCCACCGACUCGGUAAUCACCUUGUCGUUGGCGGAUUUAUUUCCCUACACGAUUCCUACGGUAAAACAGAUCUAGUCUCAGCAAAACAUAGAAUAGCAAUGUUAAAAUUAGCUCUCGAUGAUAAUUCAUGGAUAAAAGUCUCAGACUGGGAGAGUAGGCAGGAAACCUGGACAAGGACAAGACAAUCUUUAAAUUAUCAUCAGAAUGCCAUCAAUUCCAAGCUGAAUGUGAAUGGUUUCGAUGCAAAUAGCAAUGAGAGUGAUCAUCUGUAUCAUUCAAUAGUUCCUGAUUAUUAUCAAAAUAUUUUGGACACAAAUAGUCCUGUGCAGGUGAAAUUAUUAUGUGGGGCUGAUUUAUUGGAGAGUUUUGGGACGCCUGGUCUCUGGGCAAAUGAAGAUAUUGAAGCAAUUGUUGGACAAUAUGGUUUGGUGGUGAUAACAAGAGAAAACUCAAAUCCACUUAAAUUUAUCUACAAUUCUGAUAUACUAACUAAAUAUAUGGGUAAUAUUAUAAUAGUCACUGAAUGGAUAACAAAUGAAGUGUCAUCGACAAAAAUACGCCGAGCACUGCGCCGAUCCGAGAGUGUCAAGUACUUAAUUCCUGAUAAAGUAAUCAAUUACAUUCAGGAUAACACAUUGUUUGGAACAAGCAAUAAAACUAAGUAUCUAAUGCCGCCUUCAUUAGACACUUACAAUCAUAACUUCCUCACGCCGUCGCCGACUGGCACGAGCGACAUGUCGAUCGAUACGCCCUCGCCGAUGAGCUGCAUGAAUUUAUGCAACAACAACUUGUUUACCGCUGUACCAGCGACGGGUUUAUCGAUCGACGUGCCCGACGUAGGUAAAUCCAUAUUAUCUACGCCGAAACCCACCGUUGUGGUGUCUGCAACCGCGGCGAAAUCUUGCGGCGGCAGCGUGAAGCACCCCGGACAGGCGGUGAAGAUCGUUACGAAAGUUGUCAAAGAGGUACGUACGCCUGCUACGACGCCUAGCACCGCACUUAAGAAUUCAAAGAGUUGCACAGAGCUGGCACAGCUUGCAGGAGGUGGCAAAUCAGGCGGUGAUAAAAACACAAGCAGGUCGAAUGAUGACCUCCUCGAUCGCAAAUCGUGCGAUGAGAAUUUGAUUCGGUUUAUUUUUACAAAGCAUGGUAUUCAGGUUAUUAGUGAUGUGGAGACGAUUGUUUAGUCUUUUGUGUUUGAUCUUGU